AUGAUACGUCGAUCGGUAUCGUUUCUGGGGCGAUUUGGUUGGUUACGGCAAAAAUGUUUGUGUCGAAGUUUGGCUACGACAACGGAUUCGACCCGGGGAAAUUUUGCUGUAUUAGAUGAUAGUGAUUUGAGUGUAUUCGAAAGGCUGAUCGGUAAAAAUAAUGUCGAAACGAACGAUCUUCAGCCAUACAAUUGUGAUUUUCUUCAUAUUUAUAAGGGAUCAUCAAAAUGUGUGUUAUUCCCAACGAGCGUCGAAGAGGUAUCUGCCAUCCUAGCGCAUUGCUAUGCGCGUAAAUUGGCUGUGGUACCACAAAGCGGCAACACAGGCUUGGUUGGUGGCUCAGUGCCGGUUUUUGAUGAAGUUAUCUUGUCGCUUCGAAAACUCAACAAAAGAUUCAAUUUUGACCCGCAUGCAGGCUAG